AUGGAGUUCACUAACAAAGUUGCCAGAGAUGUGAUGACACGAAUCGAAGAUGUGUUUAUGUUGUCCGAAAAUGAAAUACUUGACACGACAACGAUGACGGAAAUCGUACACAGAGGCUACACUCGCAUUCCUGUCUACGAAGAUGGAGACAGAAACAAGGUCAAAUCCCUCCUACUUGUCAAGGAUCUCGCACUCAUCGAUAAGAAAAACAACAUUCCGGUGAAAUCAGUGGCAGAAUUCAAUGAAAGACAACUUCGUAUCAUCAGGGAAGAUAUGCCACUUCCCGAACUUCUUGAUGAAUUCAAAGAGGGGAAUUAUCACCUUGCUAUGGUUCGACAAGUAAAGCAGGAAACAAAUUCUUCUAUAGACGAUGAGAAUUCCAUAGAAGUUAAUGACGAAAAAGAGUUGUCGGCAUCGCAGAAUUCAAUCAUUACCCUCAAAUCGCUUCGAAUUGCAGAUGAUUCAGAUGAUGACGACGUCACCUUAGUCGGCCUGGUUACAUUAGAAGAUAUCCUGGAAGAAAUUCUUCAGUCAGAAAUAUUAGAUGAAAGCGACUCAGUUGUGGACAAUGUGCAUCGUCGAUACAGAAGACGAGCAAUCCAGAUACAGGAUGUCUACUGUGGCGAGGGAAGAAGUGAUCCUUUAUCGCUGAACAUGCUCGAAGUCGUUUCAGGAUGGCUUGUCGAUCGAUACACCAUUUUCUCAAAUCAGUACUUUGAAAAACAAGCACGUGAAAAAAUGAUUCAAAAGAACAUUCGUCACAGCCAGAUGUCAUUUGAUGUCGGUCCGUGGGCUUCGUUUGGUGAAGUUCUCCUCGAGAAAUUUUCAGGUAGUAUUCGUGUUCGUCAAGGUGAGUUCCACGAGUUCCACUUGUUUUUUCACGAAGUCCUUGGAUUAUUACUGCUGCUAUGA